CAAGAGUUUAUUGUAACAAGAUUUUAAAGCAUAUCUAGCGAAGCAAUGUACUUCACUACAUUGAACUGCUGUAUUUCCCUAUCGAGUAAUAUAUUCACUGUCCCUCGAAAUUUAUCCAGCAAAAUAUUAGCUCCAUAGUCAAUACUCAGGAAGGUUCCUGUUCAUGGAGGCGUCUUGUAGAGACCAAUCAGACUCGGAUUUAGUGGAAAGGCGCCUCAAGAAGUGUCAACAACUUUUUGACAUCAACAGCAAGGAGGAUCUCUUCGCUGACUUCUCUUGCGCGUACACAGGAGAUGUUCUUCUAUAUGGUCGUCUAUACAUAUUCAAGAAUAGUUUCGCUUUCCAUUCAAAAUUUCUCGGCCACGUCACAAAAUUCACAAUCCCUUUGGAAGCUGUGAAGGAAAUUUCAAAAGAACGAACGGCGAAGAUUAUCCCAAAUGCCAUCGGAGUCUCGACGAAUUCCAACAAGUUCAUAUUCGGGUCUUUGCUGUCGCGAAGAAACGCCUUUCAAGUGAUGAAUAGAGUCUUCACCUUGUACAAAGAACAAACAACACCUGCAUCCGUGCAAGACGAAGAAUUACCGGUUCUCUCCAACCACGGACUCAAGUUUCGAUACGUUCGCGAUAACUGGAGAGAAGAGAAACCAGAACGAGCCAUUUCCCGCGACGAAUUCACGCAGGAAGAUUCAACUCUAUCCUCAUUGACUCAGAAAACGCUCGAAUUCUCAUCAACGAAAGCCUCUCGGCAUGUUCCCAGCAGACGAAGCGAAAUCCACAUACUUUUGAUCGCGUGUUCAACACUCUUGAUUGCAUCGGUCGUGUUCUCCGUCAUAACGCUUUGGAGGUUCUAUUACCUUCCAGGAACCACACUUGAGAGAAAUAUGGAUUUGGGAACGGCGAAUGCAGAGGUUUACCUGCUUCCAGAGGCUCUAACGGCGAGACUGCGUGUAUUAGACGAUGAAGUUCACAAGAUCGCAGCGAUUCGCAAGACGCUCGAAAAGCUCGCUGACGAUUACCGAAAAUCCGAGGCUACUCCGGAUUUCGGAUCAUGCCAGGAUCUGACUUCGGAAAAGCGUCUUUCGAAUAAAUGAAACACUCGGAUUCAAGGCUGAAAAAAUGACGAUAAAACUCGAGCGGUAUUGAUUUUUCUUCUGGCUUCGCUUUUAUUUGUGUGAUACAAAAAACACGAAGAGAAUUCACCGACAUCAGAGUUCAGACCCCUUGAGAUCAUUCCAGCGACGACAGGAUAUCAGGCAGCCUGCUUGAUAGCGUCAUCGAUCUCGUCCAUCUUGGACUUGAGAGAGUGCCACAUAGUUGGGGUCAGCGCAAUCCCUAGAAGAAUAAAAACAAAGUCGGAAAACAGAAAUUAAUUUUCAAAACGAUCGUUGGGCGCAUCAGUAAAUAUUCUGGGUUCGCAGCAGGAUUUCAUUGGGUCCUCGCGAAACCAGUCCAUUCCUGGAGGAGUUUCGUCAAGACGAAUUUCUCGUUAUGCGCAAGGCGUUUUUCAUCAAGAUAACAUUGUAAUUCAUUUAAUUUGUUUCAGAAUAUCCCCAGAAGACCCCAAAAAACAAUAAAAUUGGUGUACUUCUCGGCAUGAAAUUGUGAAUUCAAUAUUAUUACGCAGGUAAUCCUGACCAAUCUUGUUAAUAUCUGUCUGAAUUUCUGGAAUUGUGAAGACAAGCAGAUGUAAAACCACGCUCUUCCUUUUCAUCAAUUAAUUUUUCAUUUUUGGAUAAUUCUCAAGUUUCAGUUCAAAAUUUGCGCAGUUUUGGGGCAAACAAAUUUGUUUCACGUGAAAUGAUUUCGUAAUAUGAGUG